UAGAUAAACAGCUCGAAAACAGUGAACUGUGUCAUAGUCCAAGCGUUGCACUCUGCAGAUACCGUUAUCAAAAUUCAUCUGCAAGUAAAUAAGUAGGUACAUUAGCCACUCGUACGCAUACUUUCUACAUCAUUAUAUUCAAACAGUCUCGGCCGCGCCGUCGGCAUGGCAUCACGUCUUCACUAUUUUCCACGACGAUCGAGGUCAUGAUCAAACUAUUAACGGCGUCACCAGUAUUUUUAUCCGUUACGAAAUGACCACGUCAUCAACGAUUACCUCAUACCUACCUAUUAUUAGAUAACUACGCACGCCGGCAUCUAUUCACGCCCUAGUAACCAAUUCUCAGUGCAAUAAAACGAACGCGUCCGCAAAAAUGGGAAAAUACGUUCUCUCCUAUUUCCUUGCGACCCUAUUCGUUGCCGACUGUUACAGAAUCCUCGGCAUAUUCCCAUCGUUGGACCGGAAUAAUUAUCUGACUUACCGUGGUUUGUUUAGAGAGUUAGCUACACGCGAGCAUGAAGUGACUCUGAUUACACAUUUCCAACUCCCCAACCCACCAGCCUCGUAUAAAGAAGUGCUGUUAAGUGAUCAACAAGUGUAUAAAGGAUUAUCUUAUGAAUCUGUGAUCGUGAAUGAAGUGUCGCGAGUGCCGUUCGAAACACUUGUGUCGACUAAGACUGGCAACGACGACUGCAAGAAGCUAAUGAAUAACAAUCAAGUACUGCACAUGAUAAAGGCGCGACCUCGCUUCGACGUCGUUUUAGUGGAGUCGUAUAACAGCGACUGUGGCAUAGCAUUGGCUGCCAAUCUGAGCGCUCCGUACAUCGCUUUCAAUCCUCAGCCCGUCCAAGCGUGGCAGUACAACAGGCUCGGAAUCAAUUUCAAUUCCGCAUCCGUACCUUUAGCUAGCCUUCCGUAUGGAAAGGAUCCUUGGUACUUUGACAGAUUGAAAAGCUAUGUUCUAUAUCACAUUACCAAUUGGGUGUACUACGUUGGAUCGCAAGUGACAGAUCACGUAUAUUUGUACAAGUAUUUGGGGGAUGAUUUGCCUAGUUUGGAGAGCAUGGCGGCGAAUGCCAGUUUGGUGUUUGUAAACACGCAUCAGUCAGUGUUUGGCGGUGUUGCCAGGCCUGAUAACGUUAUUGAUAUCGGUGGCAUUCAUGUAAAUCCGCCUAAAGUAUUACCAACUGAAAUUGAAAGAUUCAUAAACGAAGCGGAGCACGGCGUUAUAUACGUAAACUUGGGCUCCACAACCAAGGAGUCGACGAUGCCAGCUGAAAAACUAAGUGAACUGUUAUCAACAUUCAAUAAAUUGCCUUUAAGAGUACUUUGGAAAUGGGACGGAGGCAGUAUUGAAAAUUUGCCAAGAAACGUGAUGACUAUGAGAUGGUUCCCGCAGUACGACAUUUUAAAACAUGAAAACGUCAAGGCGUUCAUUUCUCACGCCGGUAUCCUCAGCACAGUAGAAGCACUCGACGCCGGUAUACCAGUGGUGGCUGUCCCUCUCUUCGGGGACCAGUAUGGCAACGCGGCAGCUCUCCAGGACGCUGGGGUGGCUACCGCCGUCUCUUACCAGGAUUUGACGAAGGAGUACCUCUUGAACGCUAUCAAUGAGGUCUUGGAUCCCGUUACCCAGCAGCACGCUAAGUUCCUGUCCAGAGUAUGGCACGACCGUCCAAUGUCGCCUCUAGAAACCGCAAUAUACUGGACAGAGUACGUCGCUCGAUACAACGGCGCGCCGAACCUCCAAGCGACAUCUGUGAACAAACCUUGGUACCAGCAACUACAGCUAGACGUCUUGGCUUUCAUAGCUUUAGUAGUGUAUGUUAUGAGCUACGUUUUGCGCAAAAUCGUUGGAGCGCUCUGCUGCUGCUGUUCCAAUGCCGAGACAAUCAGCGCUGAGGCGGAGGAAAGGAGAACUAAACGUGUCAAGUUCGAAUGAAGCCAAUAAGAAGUCGGAGAAUAAAAAAAUAUGUGCUAGAAAUUGACAGAGGACUCAAA